GUGCAGGAGGAAUUCGACUUUGCAGAUACGGACUCUGCACUAGGAGAUGAAAUAUCCGUGUUGUCGUCAACCAUCUCGUUGAGCUCGAGCGUCCUCAGAGAACUUGAGGAAAACGGCCGGAAAUACCAUGGAUACAAGGAUGGGAAGUACAUCCUUCCAAUGGAUGAGCCAGAACUAGAGAGACAAGAGUUCCAGUACCACCUCUGCCUACAGACAUUCGACAACAAGCUCAACUUCGCGCCCGUCGAGGACGCCCACAGGGUGCUCGAUGCCGGAUGCGGGCCCGGAUUCUGGGCAAUAGAUUUCGGUGAGAGUCCUUGCCCCCGUGUGCGGUCAAAAGCGUGGGCUGUGUUGCUUACCCCGUCCCGUCUUGACGACAACACGAAGCGGAGAAACAUCCACACGCCAAGCAUGCCGCCCAACGUCAUCUUCGAGAUCGAUGACCUCGAGGAGCCAUGGACGUUCAGCUUCAAGUUCGACUAUGUCCACGCUUCCAUGAUGACGGGAGCGUUUCGGGACUGGCCUCGGUUCAUGGGGCAGGCAUACGACUUCCUCAACCCCGGCGGCUACCUAGAGCUGCAAGACAUCGACUUCCCGGUCCGGUGCGACGACGGCAGCCUGCCCGCGGACUGCGCGCUGAGGCGAUGGAGCGACCUGCUCAUGGAGGCCGGGCGGCGGUCCGGGUUCGCGCUCGACACGUGCGGGCAGGCGGCCGACAUGAUGAGGCAGGCCGGCUUCGUUGACGUUGUGCAGCUGCCCUACACGUGGCCCAUGAACCGGUGGCCGCGCGACCAGCGGCUCAAGCAGAUCGGGCGCUGGAACGAGGAGAACUUUGUCGAGGGCUGCGAGGCCAUGUCCAUGGCGCUCCUCACGCGCCACCUGGGCUGGACCCGCGAGGAGGUCGUCGACUUCAGCGCCCGCGUCCGCGCCGACAUAGCCGACUCCCGCAAGCACGCGUACUUUCCGCUGUAUGUCACGUACGGCCGGAAACCGUGAGGGCGGCGGGGAGGAGGAGGCUUAGGGGAAAAGAACAAUAAUGCUACGAGGCAACUUUGGAGGAGGGAUGGGAAUAGGGGUAUAUGGUGGCAGUAAAAACAUCAUGUCCAAUCAAAGAGUAGAUGAAUGACUCGAUUUACACGCACACAGAAUGCUGUUGCCCAGCGGGACGCGCCGAGUCAAUAAAGGUUCACAUCAAUUUGCA